AUGGACGAAGUAAACCCCUUCCGAUCAGAGCGCUUAGAGUAUCGAGGCUACGACUCCGACGAGCAUGACGAAUUCUUUGCAGCGAUGCAGAAGGAGCCACUAGCUUUCGUGAGCUCAUCCGCCUCGAUCUUGCGGCCGGUCAAUAAAAAGCACAUUGAAGAAAUCCGCAAGGAUCUCAUAGAGAAAUCGCUCUUGUUUGUCAUCGUUUACAGAGUCGAUCUGGACCCAAGCAAAUCGCAGCCUGUCGGCAGUGUAUCCUUGGGCUCGUCAGACACUGACAUGUCACAUCACAGAUGCUCUGGGCUGGUCAUUGAUAUUGUGCGUGAGCAUCAAGGCAACGGCUACGGCAGAGAAGUACUGGAUUGGACGUUGGCAUGGGCAUUCGAGAAAGCCGGACUUCAUCGAGUCGAGUUGGAGUAUUUGGGAUGGAAUGAGCGAGUCAGGCCGCUGUACGAGCGGGCAGGCUUUGUAGAGGAGGGUAGAAGAAGGAAGUGCUACUUCAAGGAUGGAAAGUGGUGGGACGAGAUUCUGAUGGGCAUUCUUGACAACGAGUGGAAAUUGCGGUCGCCGCCAGCAGCACAAGCUUGA